AUGAAGAAAGUAGUGUUGAAAAUAGACUUAUACGACAACAAAGCCAAGCAAAAGGCCAUGAAUGCUGUCUCUUCGGCUUCAGGAGUUGAUUCCAUCGCCAUGGAUAUGAAUGAGAAGAAAAUGACGGUAAUCGGAGAAGUGGAUCCUGUUGAGGUUGCCGGGAAAUUGCGCAAAUUUUGGUAUACCGAUAUAGAGUUUGUUGGGCCACCGGAAGAUCCUAAGAAAGUGGAGGAAGAAGCCAAGAAAAAAGAAGAAGAGAAGAAGAAGAAAGAGGAAGAAGAAGCCAAGAAAAAAGAAGAAGAGAAGAAGAAGAAGGAGGAAGAAGAAAUUGCCCAGAUGGUUAAGGCAGCAAUAAUAGAUGGUGCAGCAGCAGGUUAUAAUAAUAAUAAUAAUCCAUAUAGGUCUACGAUGACACGCUACUAUCUCGAGAAUGUCGGAGAAGACAAUUACGGCAACCCAGCUUGUAAUUGUGUUAUCUCUUAA